AUGCUUCAGAUGCUCUGUUUGGCUACUGGAUAUCCCAAUGGGGCUCCUACUGGCGCCUGUGAAGACAUGACGCCUCGCCACACUGGUGUUCUGCCGCAGCCGUCCCCAGCGCCCUACACUCUGCUGGUCAACACUGGGACCUUUCAGCCGGGCAAGGCCAUUACUGUGACUAUCAGUGGACCAGAGUAUCGUGGUGUGCUUCUGGAAGCUCGGACAGACGGCAGCACUAAUGCUCUGGGGAGCUGGCAGCUCCCUGCUCCGGACACAAAGUUUCUUCAGUGCACAGGGAAUCCACAAGGUGCUAUUACUCAUGCGAACACCAACCUGAAGGGCGAAUCCACUUCAUACAGCUGGAUACCUCCUGACUCUACGAGCCCUGUCUACUUCAUGGCCACAGUAGCUCAGCAGCGCGCAGUCUUCUGGGUAAAUGUGAGGUCCGCCGCUCUGAAAAGAGGGAAACCAGCGAGUCUGGGAUUGGCUACAGAAGCAAAUGCAGGAAUGGCUAAAGAAAAACCUGUGCUUCUCCUCGGGAUAUGUUUCCUGAUGAUACUGGUGCUGGCGUGAACAUCAUGGGAAAAGAAAAUGUUUUCCUGCAAUCUAUUGGGCUCUGUAUAAUGCUUUGUAUUAAUCACAACAUUGUUUUUGACUAUCUCCCUUUAAAAAUACACACUUUUGCAGACAUUAUAUCAUUAACUCAAGCCACAAGCGUGAAAACGAAUGCAUUUUCCUCGCCAUAGACAUAAUUUAUAGAUGUUUAUUUUGUGUCAUGCAGUCAUGUCCACACCUUUUAUGGUGUGUGUUCAGUCCUAUUUAAUACAUAAUAAAACACGUGGACUUCUGCAAAGAGAGGAAAUGGGGCACCUUUAGAGACAUUAACUGACAUUUAAAACAUUUCAACGCUUUCAACAAAAUGCAUUCAAGUUUUUAUAAAGAAAUGUAUGAUUACAUAAGAAAAGGUCAGUCAUUCUGGUGCGUCAUCCCUCUGGCUU